UUCAUUAUGUGACUGCGGCGCCUCGAGAGAUGAGCUGAAUUCAUUCCACAACCAACUCCGAACGCUCUUCUCUACAAUUCAUCUUUGCCCGUCGAGAUGACAAUAAAGACGCCAUUCAUCACUUCUUGCCUCCGCCCCUCCAAAAACAAAAACGCAAUGUUUUGAAACCAGAAACGUAGCACUUUAUAGUAUUGUACGUCAUAAAAACAUAUUGCAAUGAUUGCAGUGAUUCAAUAGGAUGGAAAGAAAUGAAAAGGCUUUUGCUUGAAUUCAAUCCCAUCAAACUUCAAGUUCAAUAAAAGAGCUUUGAAGCAAGCGUGCUUCACCUCUCGGAGAGGAAAACCACGCAGGUGGGCGUCGUCUUUUCUCCUCGUCAAGGUGAUGUUAUACGCGAGUGAGAAGAGGCGCGAAGGAAUACUUGAAGAAGCCUCUUUCGAUAGGUUUCCAAAAUCCCCCAUCGCGCACUCAACCAAAGUGGCACACGCGUUUGCUGACGUCUGGAAUGUUUUCCCGCGAAACAACACUUCUUGCGGGUGUUCUCCUUGACGUCCGUAUGAGUUGAAAAAGGCUGCGGGUGGCGCCGAGGAGGUUGCUAUUCUUAGAAGCCGUUUGACGCAGCGAGUUGCGACACCGGAGGGAUUUCUCCGUCCAAUAAUUGUCCUUCUCACGAACGACGUCGUCUCCCUGGAAACCGGACAGUUUUUGCGGAACGGGCUAAUCCGUGAGCCGCCAGCAGAGAAACCCUAUCUUCUGGUGGGAUGCGAUUGCAAAGAAACGGGAUCGGAAGCAUUUAUGAGUUCCUCCUCCGACCUACUGGCGCCGCUACAACCGGCUGCAAACCGGUUGUUAUCGCCUCGGCCGAAGCAGGAAGCUGUUAAGCGGAGCUGGCACCGGCUGGUUGGUUGCUCGGUCUGCGAGGUUUUUCCAGCCAUGGCUCGGUUAGCGGCGCUCCUACUUUUACCGGUUCUCAUUGAGUCGGCGUCCUCCAUCUCCUUCUCCUUGCCGGUCAACUCGAGGAAGUGCCUGCGGGAGGAGAUCCACAAGGACGUGCUGGUCACCGGGGAGUACGAGAUCAGCGAGCCGACGAACACCAAAACCAACCUGAAGAUCACAGAUUCCGCCGGCCAUUUGCUGUACACCAAGGACGAUGCCGCCAAAGGGAAGUUUGCGUUCACCACGGAGGACUACGACAUGUUUGAGGUGUGCUUUGAGAGCAAGUCGCCCAUGGGAACUGGAAGAGUGCCGGACCAGUUGGUCCACCUGGACAUGAAGCACGGCGUGGAGGCCAAGAACUACGAAGAGAUUGCCAAGGUGGAAAAGCUGAAGCCUCUGGAGGUGGAGCUGCGGCGACUGGAGGACCUCUCGGAGUCCAUCGUCAACGACUUUGCGUACAUGAAGAAGCGAGAGGAGGAGAUGAGGGACACCAACGAGUCCACCAACACGCGCGUGCUCUACUUCAGCAUCUUCUCCAUGUGCUGCCUGAUCGGGCUGGCCACGUGGCAGGUGUUCUACCUGCGCCGCUUCUUCAAGGCCAAGAAGCUCAUCGAAUAGAAGGCCAGCGAGCGCUCUUCAGAAUCCGGCUCCUUCGCCGGGCUCUGCCGACGCGUCCUAACAAGCAUCCUCCGCGGACGGCGAGUGACGUUUUGGGUGGGGGGAGGGGGCGGGGGGGGGGGGGGGUGGUGCUUCAAAUUCUAUUUUUUCAAAGAUGCCGGACUAACAGGACAAAACCCAUUGGGCCUGCUUUGUUUUGUGGUUUGAAACAUGACAAGCGCGCCGUACGAGGCGCGUCUGUCCGCACUGUUCCCAAAUGUUCCGGCUUCUCACCGACGACGAGCUCGGUUUUGUUUGGAGCGGACGUGCCACGGGAAUGUUGCCGAGGAGUUCCUCUUUUUCCAGUGAAGGCUAUUUGAAAGUGCGCUUUGUUUGUGACGUCGCUGUACUACUACUUCUGUGUUAAGUCGCUCCAUUCGCGUACUUGUCUUUUUCUUUGGAUUUUUGUUUUCAAGCUGUAAAUGCCCUGUGUCACAAUCUGUGUUUAUUUUUGUUUGAAUGGGGUUGUCACUGUAAUGUUGUCCUUUUAUUAACGAAUUAGAUCACCAUCUUUGAACUCCGGCAUGUUAUGAUUCUGCCACUCACCAAAAAUGGCCGACAACGAGCGGUAUUUGUAAACAGCCUGGACGAGACCUGAUUUGUAUGUGAAGUCUGCUCUCCAGGCAUUUGCACACUGCUAGCUAAAUUCAACAUUUGACGCCAUUAACAAGCAACUCUUACCAAUUUCUAGUACUUGCAGAUCCAUCCAAUGUAUGUUUGUUUAGGAUUUUUGUUCUCUUUAGAGCUACUUAGGAGGCGUGGUUACGUGGGUUUAUGGGAGGUUUGCUGCUGACCUGAUGGGCUUAAUUAUGAAGGCGUCUGCCAUGGGGAUCUUUUAAAUGGCGACCGUGUGCAUUAUGAAUGCGCAAUUGGUGAUUUUUAUGUUGACUGGUGCAUUUUGUAAAUUUGUGUUGGGCUUUUACUCAAUAAAGUAUUGGAUGGAUUUCCUUUGGUAGCUCGACUG